AUGGGCAUUGAUAUCAGCCGCCGCAACCGGGUUCCGCGGCCAGUGACAGAGGAGGAGCGCGCGCGCCUGGACGAGUUCAUCGACUCGAUACACUACUCCACCAGAUACUCUGACAACGAGUUUGAGUACCGGCACGUGCAGCUGCCCAAGGCCAUGCUCAAGGCCAUCCCCCCCGAGUACCACGACAAGUCGAAGGGCACGCUCAAACUCCUGUGGGAAGACGAGUGGAGGGGAAUGGGGAUCACACAGAGUCUUGGUUGGGAACACUAUGAGGUUCAUGAGCCGGAGCCCCACAUCCUCCUCUUCAAGCGUCCCCUGAACUACCAGCCACCGCAGUGA